CUGUCAGUCAGUGUGUGCCGUCGUUUCCGCUCAGUCGCGAGUCUAACUGUUCCAUUAGUGUUCCACUGUUCCACCAUGCCGGAGACCGUGGUCAACGUCACCCCGUCAGAGGGCAAGCCAGAGUCCACCACCGACUCCCUGUUUUCUUGGAUUAACAUAAACUACGCCUACUUCCGCACACUCCCAGGAAUGCUCAAGAUCGCUGAAGCCGUGCUCGGCGUGGUCUGUCUGGCUCUGGCCACUCCCGCCAUCCUGGCCGGCACGUCGUGGUUCCUCUUCGUCGUGGUCCUGAGCUUCGUGGCGACCCUCAUCUGGAUAGCCAUCUACCUGAUCGGCGUGCGGGAGGCGCUCACCCUGCCCAUCAACUGGAUCCUGACCGAACUGCUGAACACCGGCCUAGUGACCAUCCUGUAUGCCGUAGCCUUCAUCGUGCAGCUGUCCGUGUGGUCCACACCCUACAGCUCGUCCUACAGGAGCUCCAACAUCGCCGCCGGGGUGUUCGGCCUCAUCAACACUGUGGUGUACGCAGCCGCCUGCUUCCUGCUCUACAGAGAUUGGAGGGCGACCUUCACCCAGUGACUAGACUCCUAGGAGUCAACCCUCACCUACCACCAAAUAUUGACAAGUCAUUCAUAUUUUAAUGUUAUACCCUCGUGCCAGGGGGUUGUUAUACAAUUUUCUACCCGAAUCUUUGGGUAUUCUUACGUAAAUAUUGUUUAAAAACACUUUUUAUUUGAUGUCCAGUUGUGUUAUUGACUGGGGUAGUCUUAGUUUUAUAUUUAUUCUUGUGUCACUGUUAUUAAUUGUAGUGUAGUUAAAUAAUCUAGUUGUGGAUAGUAAUCGUAUCUAUUUAUAUAUUGUAAUGUAAGAUAUGUAUAUUUCUUUAGUAAGUUGAAUUGAUUUAAAUUCCCACUGGGGCAGUUAUUACUGCUGGUAGCGUGACUUGUAACAGAUCGAUAUAAAUUAUUGUUCGAGUACUGAAUUGUCGAUUUAUCGAUUAUUCAAUAUCGUUGUAACCUUUUAUCAAGAAGAACAUAAAAUCAUUAUUUACUUUCAAAAUUAAACAAUUAUAAAAACCAAGUACGCACCAAUAAUCAAAUAUUUUACAAAACCGAAAUAAACAAAACUUGAUUUUUAAGUAUUACUAUAAAAACAUAAUCUCAUGCAUUUUUAACUUAUUGUCGAGUAAUUUUUACAUCACUAAUCUAGUGUUCUGUAAUUUCAAUUUAAAUAGUUCACAAAAGCAGUUAUAAGACUUCUCUGCAUGAGUUGUUAAUGUUCGUUCUAUGCUAAGAUAGUAAAUUCUGUAACUAACACGUAACUAAUAGACUGAAGUGUAAAGAGAACGAGGUUCGGCCCACCCUCAGAUAAAGUAGCGCGAGGUCGAACCAACGUUAAGAGCAUUAAUGGUCUGGGCCCGCUUCGUCUCUGAAAACAAAACCUCCGUCCACUGUUUUUAUUCAAAUAUCGUUUUAUCUUAUUAGCGGUUCAAAAUAUAGUCACCUUUGCUACCUUAAGUAUUAAGCAUACUAUUCAAAAUACACCUCGGAUAAAAAUAACAUGUUAAACGUUCUGAAACUGAUUACUGUUUCCAGCGGAGACAACAAUAAUUUGUAUUCAUUAGUUCGUUUAGUGUUAUGUAAUCGAUGACAAAAUACACCUCGGAUAAAAAUAACAUGUUAAACGUUCUGAAAGUGAUUACUGUUUCCAGCGGAGACAACAACAAUUUGUAUUCAUUAGUUCGUUUAGUGUUAUGUAAUCGAUGACAAAAUACACCUCGGAUAAAAAUAACAUGUUAAACGUUCUGAAACUGAUUACUGUUUCCAGCGGAGACAACAACAAUUUGUAUUCAUUAGUUCGUUUAGUGUUAUGUAAUCGAUGACAAAAUACACCUCGGAUAAAAAUAACAUGUUAAACGUUCUGAAAGUGAUUACUGUUUCCAGCGGAGACAACAACAAUUUGUAUUCAUUAGUUCGUUUAGUGUUAUGUAAUCGAUGACAAAAUACACCUCGGAUAAAAAUAACAUGUUAAACGUUCUGAAAGUGAUUACUGUUUCCAGCGGAGACAACAACAAUUUGUAUUCAUUAGUUCGUUUAGUGUUAUGUAAUCGAUGACAAAAUACACCUCGGAUAAAAAUAACAUGUUAAACGUUCUGAAAGUGAUUACUGUUUCCAGCGGAGACAACAACAAUUUGUAUUCAUUAGUUCGUUUAGUGUUAUGUAAUCGAUGACAAAAUACACCUCGGAUAAAAAUAACAUGUUAAACGUUCUGAAACUGAUUACUGUUUCCAGCGGAGACAACAACAAUUUGUAUUCAUUAGUUCGUUUAGUGUUAUGUAAUCGAUGACAAAAUACACCUCGGAUAAAAAUAACAUGUUAAACGUUCUGAAACUGAUUACUGUUUCCAGCGGAGACAACAACAAUUUGUAUUCAUUAGUUCGUUUAGUGUUAUGUAAUCGAUGACAAAAUACACCUCGGAUAAAAAUAACAUGUUAAACGUUCUGAAAGUGAUUACUGUUUCCAGCGGAGACAACAACAAUUUGUAUUCAUUAGUUCGUUUAGUGUUAUGUAAUCGAUGACAAAAUACACCUCGGAUAAAAAUAACAUGUUAAACGUUCUGAAAGUGAUUACUGUUUCCAGCGGAGACAACAACAAUUUGUAUUCAUUAGUUCGUUUAGUGUUAUGUAAUCGAUGACAAAAUACACCUCGGAUAAAAAUAACAUGUUAAACGUUCUGAAACUGAUUACUGUUUCCAGCGGAGACAACAACAAUUUGUAUUCAUUAGUUCGUUUAGUGUUAUGUAAUCGAUGACAAAAUACCGCAUGUAUUUCAAAACACUCGAGCACCUUUGGCUAAACAGUGGGGAUGAGUUUUAUUUUACAGAACUAUGUGAAUAUAUUAGAACGUGCAAUUUUUUAUUAUUUGCGGUGGAGUGUGUACAAGGGGGGGGGGGUUGACUCAUUCGGUGAUUUAGGAAGUAUAAAAUAUCCUCCAAAAAUAGAGGCUCGGGUAUCUUCUCACUGAACACUUUUGAGUUUUAAUCUUUUUAGGACGAGGCUUUUUGAAACCAAAGGUAUCUAAUUUGCAUCAUCAGGUGGCUUUACAAAUAAAAUGAUAUAAUUAUGGAGUCACCUGGUAAUGAAACCUUUAGUUUCCUAAUUUCCUACUGGGUGCAGUUGUAAUGUCUUUCAAAAUGUUAAUUCAAUUUUGGCUCCUGAGCCCUCCCCCCAUUAUACGCCCAUGAUUCUUUAUGACUGUAAGCUAAGUUAUUUAUAAAAAAUAUAUAUAUAUAUUGUAUUAAUGAGACAAGCACAUCAGUAAUGUAGUUAUGUAAGGAAUCCCAAAUACAAUAUACAUCGCUUGUAAUUAUUGCCUUAAUUAAAAUAAGUUUUUAAGUUA